GUGGAUUUAAACACACGUACACUUCCGGCUGUUUGGUACCUCAUAACUUCUGACAGAUUUUAACUGACAAAAGACGUAAUGCUGCAGAUAUGAGUACAGUUGUAUCGAUAUUUGGGGGUGCUGUACUGGCAUUGCUGCUUGCUGGCUACCUUGGGCAGAAAUUCCUUCCACCUCCUAAACCUAAAGUUGUUGGGAUAGACCUAGGGACCACCUAUUCCUGUAUUGGGGUCUACCAUGCAGUUACUGGAAAUGUCAGUGUCAUCAAAGACUCUGAGGGUCACUCCUGUAUUCCAAGUACAGUCACAUUUAGAAACAAUGUAACUCUGGUUGGUUACGAUGCUGCCAGGUAUGCUCAUCAUGACCCAAGGAACACACUGUUUGAUGCAAAGAGAUUCAUUGGCAAGCAGUUCACCAGAGAGGAACUGAAAAAGGAAGCACAUAGAUAUGAAUUCAAGGUUGUGAGCACUAGAGAUGGUAUGGCGAUAUUCUUUAUUGGAGAUGAUAAAAACAUUACAAAAAUCACUCCCGAUUUUGUGGGGUCGAGGAUUCUAACAACUUUGAAGCAAACAGCGGAGAGAAAUUUAACUGGGCCUGUUAAGAAAUGUGUGAUGUCUGUUCCCGCUGAGUUUGACGAGCGCCAGAGAAAUCAUACAAAGAUGGCUGCAGCAAUGGCAGGUAUUGAGGUGCUGCGUAUAAUCAAUGAGCCCACAGCAGCUGCCUUAGCCUAUGGUCUACACAAGAAAGAUGGGGUCCAGAAUGUCCUUGUGGUUGACCUGGGUGGUGGAACACUAGAUGUCUCCCUGUUAAACAUACAGGGAGGAAUGUUCUCAACUCAAGCUAUGGCAGGGAACAAUCACUUAGGAGGCCAGGACUUCAAUGAGAGAACAGUGCAGUAUUUACUUAAAGAGAUCUCACAUAAGUAUGGGCGUAACUUGGAAGACAUUGAAGAUAUAUUCAGACUACAUGAACAAGUUGAGCAAGCAAAACUCAUCUUGACAAGCUCCAAAUCUGCAGUUAUAAACUUACAGCUACAUUCUUUCUUAGAUUCUAAUAAUAAUGCUAUCCCAAGUUUCGUUCGGACGUUACAAAGGGAUGAAUUUGAAGAUAUCAAUCAUAAUUUAUUUAAGAAAAUAUUAGAGCCAAUUCAGAAAGUCCUUGAGGUAGUAGAGGCAUCACCGAGUGAAAUAGAUGAGAUUGUUUUAGUCGGAGGGAGUACGAGGAUCCCGAAGGUACGUCAAAUGAUGCGUGAAUUUUUUAACAAGGAGCCGAAUGUGUCAAUAGAUCCAGAUUUAGCUGUGACAUAUGGUGUAUCAAUCCAAGCUGGGAUACUUGGUGGGAUGUGGCCACUCACUGUCAGUGCAAUAGAGCUACCAAGCAGAGCUAGGAAAAUACAUCUGUAAUAAUCAAGCUUGCUUGAAUGGAAGCAAUCCUGUGAACAUCUUUGAAUGAACAAAUCCUUCAUUACGUUCAUAUGUGAAUUCAAAUAGUUUGAACCAGAACCACCAAGUUACACUGUAUACAUUAACUACCAAUAUAAUGCCAUUCGAUGAAUUGUGUAAAAAGUAAAUGAAAUGUAAAACUAUUAAAGGUGAAAGUAAAUACUUAAUUACUGCUAAUGUGGCUGAUGUAUUGUUUCAAAGCCAAUGCAGUAUAUCAUUUUCAUUUUCCCUAACUUUUCCCUGGGCAUGGCAAUCAUGUAUAUGUAUUAGCCGUUGGUAGCGGAUAACUUCUAGCAGGUGUUUUAUAAUUGUGAUUUGAUUCAUAUUUCAUUGGCUGGUACAGCAAUGUUGUUACCUACUGUGUGAAUGUGAAGGAAUGAAGGAUAUAGUUAGAAUUGAAAUCAGUGUUCCCCAAAAAAAGAUUUUCAACUGGGUGCAAUUUUCUGUCUGAAAAAAUUGGCGCUCCCUACGCCCGCGAUAGUGUUUACUUCACUCAUUUUGCAAACCAGAAGUUUGAGUGCAGUGUGAUCUUGCUUUGAUAAAGACAUCAAGGGGCAAACAUUUACUUAAGUGAAUGUUAUUUUAUACUUGAAGCAAGUAUUUUAGUUCAUUUUCAUUCAUUUGUGAUUCAUAUAUAUUUUGAAGCAAACUAAAUCCAAUUUCUGCUUUGUCUUACAGUCCUAGACUCAGAAGCAUUGUUGCUAUUGAAAUCUAUACUCAGUGCCCAAUUUGAUUCAAUUGGACAGUUUUCUGACUUGGCUGUUAUUACAUUUACAUGUCAGAAUGUAUGUUCAUACCACUUAUAUAGUAUAGCAGUUUGUACAAGCUUUUUUAAUGCAGUAGUACAUUGUACAGUAGUUCAUAAUUAUUCCUAAAAUUACUACUUUACGGGGUGUGAUGGAAUAACUUUUUAAAUGAGACUUUUGGAAUAUGGAUCUCUACUUCAAGGGAAACAUUAAGAGUGCCCAAAAUCAAGGCCUUAUUUUUAUUUAGAGCCUAGAGAUAUUUACAAGAACAUCUGAUAUUAGAGCAUUUGUUCUUUAUCUGAAAAACUAUUUACCCUAGUGGGCUAGAAAAUCUGAAUGUUUAUGGAGAUAUUAUAGCCCAUGGAUUUUUAGUGUGACUCAUUGAGAUUUGAUAGUAUAUAGUGGAAUUCAUAAUUGAGAAAUGAAUGUUAUAUUUACAUUUCUGUCAAAUGGAGCACAUUUUACUCUGCUAUUGAAUUCCAUAUUUAUUUGAUGUAACAGUAUUAUGAAUGUUAUGUGAUGAAUAGAGUGAAGUGAAUGGGGGAUGUGGUAACAACAUGUUACUCUACUUUUGGUAUAGGUGGCAGGAACAUCUAUAUAUUAUUUAAAAGAGUAGUUAUUUCAUAUUCCUAUAGUCUUCAUGCACAUCGAAUGUCUCAAUAUGAACAUGUUCAAAAAGCCAUGAAUUUCCAAAAAAUGAAAAAACAGAUUUUGAAAUGUGAUCUCUCUUACUUUCAUGCUGUAUAACAUGUGACCAUUACAAAGACAUUCCCCUAGAAUUGAAAAAAUUAACCUUUACAGGACACAUUUCAUGAUGUACCCUAGUCUACAGUGUCUGUGUUUUAGUAGGCCAACAUAUAAGCGUAAAUGUGUAUCAUUGUUAAUGUACAUGCACAGUGCUGUGUAAUUUUGUCUUGAACUUGUCUUCAGAUACUAGAGAAAUACUGUUGACUACAAAUGUACAAACUUGUUCAUUAUUUAUUUGUUAAAACACGAUAAUAAAAUUACUUUGUAUA